UAGAUCUAGAUCUAGAUCACGAUUAGAUUAUUAGAUCUAUCCAACACUAAAAUAUGAUACUAGAUAUCUAGAAUCUAGAUCGUACUAGAAUCUAGACUUACUAGACUAGAUAUCUAGAUUCUAGACCUCUCUAUAAUUUAUAAUAAUUAUAUACUAAUAGAUACGCACGUAAACUAAUUAUAAUACUUAAUAAUACCAUGAUUUUAAUAAAUAUUACGAUGAUAGAUUAGUCUUAGAUCUAGACCUAGAUUUCUAGAUCUAGACUCUAGAUGAUACUAGUUACUAGAUACUAUCUUAGUAUCUAGAUUUCUAGAUCUAUGACUAGAUCUAGACUCUAGUACAGUCUACAUCUAUUGAGUAUUCAUGUAUUGUAUUGCUUGUGAAGGCUUGUACCUGUGGCUGUGCUAUUGCAGAACCUAACUACAUUUCCUAUCCUAUCCUGACCUGAAUCCUAGACCUAGUCAGGCUAGUGACAGUACGGUACAAUUAUCAAAUGGUGGACAUCAGGGCACUUUGUAACUAUGAUGACCAGUGAAGCAAUCACAUAGACUCAUUGAGGAUAUCUAGUUUAUUCAACCUAUUAUAUUUCCAAAAACAAUGAAGGCUUUUAACAAAGUUGUUCGAUACUCUCUCAAGAAACGGAAGGGUAGCUUGCUGUGGGUGUUGGGAUCAGCAAUAUUUAUAUAUGCAGGCAUUCAGCUGAUCUAUCUACAUAAUGACUACAGUCCUCUUCAACUGCUCUCUAGUGUUGAAAAUGAAGCCUCCAGACUGCUUAGAUUUAUGGGUCAGAUACAAGUCCAGUGUAACAAUUCCCUACCAACAAAUAAUGCUUCCAUGUGGAUGCUUUGCCAAGAGUCAGAGUUUGGCAUAAAGUUCUCUGACAAUGAAAAAGAAACCUCAGUUCCAUUAAUUUAUUCCAUAGGGCCCACAUAUGAUUACAAUUUUGAGUACUUUGUUAGUAAAAACAUCUCCACCAAACUCUAUGUUUUCUCCCAUUCUGCUGAUAAGUUGAACUUCUUCUCAAAAAUCAACCCAUCAGGCACUAUAGUUGUAAAGUCUGUCAUUGUCCCCAAUGAUCCUGCAGACUUUGCUAGAAAUUCUUAUGAAACACAGACUUUAAACUCAGCCAUGCUAAACCUGAAGCACACCAAGAUUGAUGUUUUGAAAAUAGAUACUCUGGUAGAGUCAGUCACAUCAUAUGAAUUUCUCAAGUUCUUGAUUGAAGAUGGUGUCCUUGCUAAUGUCAAGGAGUUGCACAUUGUUAUUAAACUUGACAAGUUAGAGGAAGAUUAUAUCUACAGUUGGUAUCGUGCCUUGUAUGCUCUUUUCCACACGGCUGGUUUUAGGCUUUAUCACACUGCCACUUCUGAGACUUUGUGUCUUGAAGACACUAUGAUGGAGUCUUGUAAAUAUUACCUCUCCUGGAUUCGAGAUAUUCCUCCACAUAUAUUUGUCAUGUAUCCUCCAGCUAUUGAUGGUUCCUUUCAGCAUGAAAAAGAGCGGAUAGAGAACUAUUUAGGCAUUACAGCUAAAGAAAAUAUGUUUCAGCCAGUGAAGUUCAAACUGGCUUUACCAAGUCAUCAGAAGUCUGUCAGAGAUGGGAGCAAGCAUCAUCACAUGCUAUUAGAUCUGUCCAAACUCUUGCUGAGUAACAAUGCUCAGCCUUGUAAUAUUAUAUUUAUUUUAGACAUUCAAUACAAAGACUUGAUUUUUCAUGCCAGUCACAGAAAUGCAGGAUGUAAAAGUCACAAGCUGGUCCUUGCCCCUGUAGAUCCUACUUCUCAAAACUUUGAAUUUUUUGCACUGAUUUCAGAAAACAGCACAAAGUCUGACUUGGUUAGUCUGUCUCAUGUUCAGCAAAUACUGAAACGUUCAGCCACUAGCAUUAUGUACGUUGAGUUGUUUGAUGCUUGGGACUUUAUAGACUCCAUGUCCAGGGAAGGAUUACCUAAGCUCCUGCAUCAACUUAUUAUCAGGACAUCUUUUGUAUCCUCUGGUUAUGGUUCCCUGGCAGGCUUGUUACGGAGAAGAUACAGUGAGCUCCAGCAGAUUGAAGCUUUUCAGCUGGAGUUGGUCAGUUCAGAUAAAACAGUUCAGUUGCAGAAUGGUGGUCAGAGGGAAGAGCACAUCCUAAAUUUUGUCCAGAAGACAUUUACCUGAUAAUGGAUGUUAUAAAAAUUCAUGCCAAUAAUUUAAUGUUGAGACUUUGAAUUAAUAUUUUGGCUUAUGUCACCAUUUUAAAGUCAAACUUGUCACAAAUCUUGUUUAAUACUCUGAUAUCUGUCAUUGAUUAUAUUUAUACUAAUAUGUUAGAUAACCCUUAUUUAUAACUGUUGCAUUGCUGUAAAUUAUUGUAUAUUACAUAGUUUGCUUUAAUUAUGUUGGCUUCAAAGGCAUACUUGGCUAUCUACAAAAAGUUGACAACUUUAUAGAGGUCAUGUUAUUUUAAGCUACUCUUAGAAUAGGCUUGGGGAGUUUACACUUUGUAUUAUGUGAAGUAUUUUGAAUUGUAUUUGUAUGGCCCUCAGUCCUGAAGCAACUAUGGAUCAUCCCAUAGAAAUGAGAUGAAUGUCUGAGCUUUAGCUUUGGUUCAAGCUGCCUAAGGAUUGCUAUCUCCUGAUUUUUCCCUACUGUUAACUCCUGAAACUUUUCCCAUAUUUGGGUAUAGCUGCAAGGAAGCAGAGGUUUAAAUUCAGAUUUUUGUCUUCUCCUAAGUGGGUAGCCAACAACGGUAUAUUGUAUUGAUCUAACAAAAUAAGUUAAAUGAAACAGUAAAACAUUUUGUAUAAGUAUUUUUUUUAUUUAUUUGUCUUGGUAGAGUUUUAUUUAAUGCAUUAUUUUCAUUUGUGUCUUUACAGUGCAAGUUAUUUAACAUACACAAUAAUACUGAUGAGCAAUGUGUGUGAAAUAUUUAAACACUACAUUACAAUUAAAGUAUAGUUGUCAUUUAAAAACAACAGGCGUUAUUAUUUUUGUCCCUAGCAAGUAAUUUACGCAUUCUAAUGUCUAUAAAUGUGUGCCUGUGGAAGUCCAAUUUCAGUUGACUAUUAGCUUUCUCCAGAUAGGGUUAACAACUAAAGGUUGAACUGAGAGAGGCUUCUGGACUUAGGUGGAUGCUGGUUCCUUACUUAAUCCUGUUGUAGGUUUUAGGAUAAGAAAUAUGGUAUUUUUCAUUUCUUGAAGGAGUCCAUGGUCAGUUAAAAAAAUGGUGGCAUUGCCAGUUUGUUGCACCUUUAGUAUGUAUCUCUACAUGUAGUGUUCUAGUUAGUGUACAACUGUUAUUGAAAUGCAGAAUUAUUGUCAUGAUCACAAGUUCAUGUUUUUUACAGCUUUUGUUUUUAGGUAGUAGUUUGAAAAAUUAGAUUUUUUUUUUGUAAUAUUAAUUUAUACAACCAAGGGAGAUAUACUAGGUACAUUUCUACUAGAUCAUCUUAAUCAUUUAUUGGCUCUGUAUCGAUAUGUUUGGAUGUAUUAUCUGAGGUGACUAUUAUAUGCAAUUUACAAUUUCGUAAGAAAAUGUCUGAAAUUAUGCUAGACCAGUUUGUGUUAUUUAGUAAGCAAUUUUAUUGAAUACUUCACAGGUUGCUGUUUUUUUUUCUGACAAUUUUAUUGAGCUUACAUAGAAAGGUACAUUAUGUGUACAGCUUAUUUUAUUCCACCUCCCCAUACAUUGAGCCCACUUUAAUUUUCCUUUUCAUUUAUUCUCCAUGUGUGAUCCGCUAGUUAUUUGUAUUUCUUUACCCCACCAUGACUCUGGAUAUCUUGUCAUCCCUCCCUGUGGUAAUUUUGACUGUUCUAAUUUUCAGUUCUGGUAGUAUUAUUGGAUGGAAUUAGGUUAAGAAGUUUUUGUUCAGGAUUGGACCUUACAUUUGUAACUCUGUUGUUCUGAAAGAACUAAAACAACUUGAAGCUAAAACAACUUAGAGUCUAUAGGCUUACAUUGUUUCACAUAAUAAAUCAAAUGGUCUAAAACUGACACAGAUGUUUUAAACAAUAUUACUAUUAUUCAGGCAUUUUUAUUUUAGCUCCUGCACAUAUUUAAUUUUCAACUCAACAUUUCUCUGUUUUAUUUGGUAAAUCUUUAUAUCACUUCAAUGAACUAAUCUGUUUCAAGAAAUGUCUAUAUCAGGUAUUGUCUUCACUUCUAAAGAUUAAGGUGCAACCCCAGUUGUGACCUGCAUAUUUUGCCACAUCUGUCUAAAUAAUGAAAUUAUAUGUAGAGAGAGAGAGAUCUCAAUAACUUAGACAUAUGAGUAGUGGAAUACAAAUAGGUUUUCACAUUAAAUCUAAAUUCAAUGGUCUCUUCCUAUAAAAUCAUUACAAAAUAGAAUUCUGUGAAACAUAUUUUUAUCCUCUUUUUUUUUUUCAGUAAAAUCAAAAAACGAUUAUUAUGUAAUUUUUUAAAAUAACAAAUUUUAAAGCAAUAUGUUGUUUAGAAUUAUAACUUAUUUUUAGUUUUCAACUAAAUGAUCUUUUUUUGUGUGUUGAAUGUCAAAAUAGUAAAACUGUGUAUUUAGAUUGUACUUUUAACAAACAUCUGUACAUAAUUCACACUUUACAAUAAUCUGUUUAAAAAAAUACAAAUGUGUAAACCAGAUUGUGGAUGUAAUUGAAAGAGGAGAGAGUUAUAGAGUGCAGUUUGUAUUACCUGUAGCUGCUGUUUAACCUUAUGUGAUUGUGUAUUUCUCCUACCUCUUUCCUACUCAACUUAGUUCAAGGACCCACUUGUCCAUUGAUGCUUCUCACCUUUAUUAGACCACUGUACAAUACUUUUGGUACCUUGCAUGGAAGGUCUGCUGUCUGUGAUACUUGCUGUUCAAUGUGUCUAUUAUUUACUUUGUAUGUGUGUCCUGUCUUCAUUUCAAAUUACUUUCUAACCUUUGUAAGAGUUCAAACUAAUAAAUCUUAAUGUCUCAGUAUUUUCAACCAUCUGUCUGCUACUGUUGUAUAGUUCUCCUUUCAAAACUGCAAAGCUUGUGUUUAUUCAUUGGUUAAUGAAGGUGUCUUGGGUCCAGCAGAAUGAUCAACUGCCUUUACUUUCCCCCAACUAAUGUCAGGUAGUUAGGUGAGUCCCAGAACAUCUGAAAUAAAUCAAGUGCUCUACCACCACACUCCUUUUGUGAAUGAAAAAUUAUUUUGAAACACAAAUUUCUCUUUUUUUUAACCUGAUAUUGAACAUGAAUUAGGUACAUAAAAGCAUAUAUUUUAAUUUAUAAGUAAAUAAUACUUUCAAUUGUAAUAAAUCAUGUAUCUGAUAUGAUUAUAGGAAAUGCCUCAUGUUUUGAAAAGCAUUUUGCUACUGAAGAACAAUUUCUUAUUCAUUGCUGACUGAAGAAUAUAAAUAAUGACAAAGUUGUCAAUUUUUAUAAUACAACAUGGUUGCAAUUUUACAAUUGAUAAACUAUUAUGGAAUACAGAUGAUGGCGCUCACGGAUUUUAGGUCUUCUAAGAAUGUAUGUCACCAGUUUACCUCAUUGGUGCUAAUCAGGGUUGGUUUCUUUGCAUUGAAAGGCUUGCCAUAUAUCAGCAUUGAUCAGAUUUGGUCCAGCGCCAACAGAACAUUCAAACUUAUUUAUUGAAACUUCACAUUUUAAAAAAUUUAUUCAUUAUAUCCCUCAGACAUUAUAGAGUGAGGCAUUUAUUGAACAUAAUUAUACAUUUGUUUGAGAAAUUGCACUGUACAUAUGCUAGAAAUAAUCUUUUAGCCAUCCUCUGUUUAGUCUCUUUUAUUUGAGUAGCUAGUGGCAAGAAUUAUUUUUGUUACACAUUGUAGUGUUUUAUUGUAAUACAUUAAAAACUGAUAUUAUUUUUA